AUGCAAGCGAUCAUCCCACUGAAUCAAGGAGUUUGUGAGGAUGCAAGUUCAACCUCACUCAUGACCAAUGAUACCUCUCCUAUGAACAACAAAAACCUCACCAAUAUGUUGAGUUCAUCAAAUACGAAUACUACAUCAUCAUCCGAUGCUUUAAACAAUAUUACAAAUCAUGUGAUUCAAGAAAUCAUUCAAAAGAAUAUAUCAUCAGGCCAUCACAUGCCAUCUUAUGUAAAUAAUGCUAGCUAUUUGUACAUGAUUUUAUCGUUUUUUGCAAGAAUUAUUUCCAAUGUCAUGAUAUUGCUGUUAUUGAUGACAAUCUUGCUGAUAUUGUUUCCUUCUCUGUUGAAACCAUUGCAGUAUGCUUUUCAAUCUAUUUUGAUAACAUUUAGGACAAGUAUCGAUACAUUAUUCAAUUUAAAAGAUAUAUUAGAAAAGGCAUAUCAACAUGAAUGCGAAGAAAAGGCUAAACAAGCAUCAUCUCAAACAUCUUUUAGGUCCAACAACAUGAAAUCCGAGCCAACAACUGAGACGACAAAGCCAUUAGAACCAUCCGAUCAACUUCCAAAAGUUCGACCAUCAGAAAAAAAAGUCGUACGAUUCGACAUUUCCACUCAGAUCGAUGAGAGAGAUUUGGAGACGCUAGAAAUGAGAGGAGGACCUUUUGGAAGAAAAUAUCGUUCAAUACGAAAGGAUUUUGACACAAGCGAUUCAACCAAUCAGACUGAUGACGGUCAUUACAGGGUUCCUAAUGCUUACGAAUUUGUCAAUUCUCUCCAUACUUCUACAGCUCCUAGUGCCAUCGAAAAGGCCAAAUCAAAAGAACAAUCAAAAAAAGAAUUGAGAAGACAACGAAAGUAUGCAGAUAAAAAGAAGUAUGAAAUGGCCGAUAGUAGGGAUCUAAGAAAGUUAUACAAUGAAAAGAUGCAAGAUCAAAAAAUUGAAAAACCAGAGUCUGAAAAGACCCCACAAGAGCCUCAAAGUGACAAUUUUGAUAAAAAGGAUCACGAACAAGAAGAUGAGAGAUUAAUGAAGAAUAAUUGGAAACGAAUUUCAAUCAGUUAUGGAAACUUGAAAACAACAGAUGCAGAAGAUUUUGAUAAUACCACAACCACUGACAGUAUUAAUUAUUCUUCUGAUGAAGACAAGACAGAGCAUGAUCUAAUUUCCAAGAGAGAUGAAACAAUUAAUGAACAACUCGUCACUGUGGUUGAUGAUGAAUCUUUGAACAAACAAGAGUCUCUUGGAGAAAAGAAAAAACGUGAAAGUUCAGGAGAAUAUGAUUUCAGACAACUCACCUUUGAAUCUCAAUCGUUGGAUCAACCAAUUGCUGUUCACAAAAAUUUGAAGCAAAUCUUUGAUAGCAUCAUUGAUAAGGACGAUUUAUUUCGACAAAAUUAUAAUCCUACUCAAAUUAGUGCUAAAUCUCAAGCUGUCUAUUUUAGAUAUUCAAUUCUGACUCAAGUUCCCAUUCAAUCAUUGGUUGAUGGAAGCAAUAUAUCAUUGUUGGAUCUUUCUAAUAACUAUAUAUCAUCAAUUCCAACAUGGUUUGCAACAACGUUAAAGUCUCUAACCUAUUUAUUCCUCCCUAAUAACUAUUUGUAUGAACUACCAGAAAAUUUUUGUGAAAUGAAAAAGCUCAGAGAAUUAGAUUUGAGUCAUAAUGCAUUCGAGUACAUGCCAAGUGCCAUUUUAAAGCUGCCAAAUAUUAUUACCUUAGAUUUCAGUAAUAACUCAUUAUUACUCUUGCCUAAUGAUAUUUCAUUAUUGAAAAAUACUCUGACCGAUCUCAAUGUUUCAUAUAACGAGCUUCGAGAAAUUCCGGAUGAUAUUCGACAAUUGAAAAAGCUGAAAUAUUUCAAGUAUAACGAAAAUGAUUUAUUCUAUUACACAACAUCUCUCAUCCUUUCAAAAUUGGGAAUUGAAGAGGAUCUCAGGAUCAAGCCUCGAAAUAGAAGAAGAUCAGUAAAAGUAUCAAGCUAUCUCUUUGGUGGAGGCAUUACAGAAUCUUUUGGAGAAGAAGAUAGUCCAGAGAGUAAGAAGAUCAAUGAGCAAUAUCAAAUAUAUAUUCCCAAACGUCAGGUAUUGCUUCUACAACUGCUCAACUCUGAAAGUGAAUACAUAACACAUUUGAAUGUGUUAAAUGAUGUUCUCUAUACUCCAUUACUAGAAAAGUGGACAGAAUUCAAUAUUUCUCCCAAUGAGAAGGAAUAUAUUUUGCAUCCAAUAGUCCUUAGAAUCAUUCGACAUGCAAGAGAACUUUUUGUUGAUUUAAAAAGCAAAAUGCUUCCACUCACUCAAUCUAGGACCAUCAAAAAUGAGGACACCAUCGAAAUUUCAAAAGUAUUUUCAUCACACUUGGAGGAAUUCAGAGAAUUGUAUGUCAAAUAUCCAACAUUGUAUGAAAAUGCAGCUGCAGUGCUGAAUAAGCUCAGAAAAAAUAAUGAUGAUUUUGACAAGUAUCUCAAAGUAAGGAAAAGACUUCCAAUAUGUGGAGGUCAUCUCUAUGACUCGUUUUUGUUGCUUCCUGUUACAAGACUUUAUAGCUAUGUGAAAUAUUUACAAAAGAUACUCAGAUACACUCCUGAAUCUCAUUCAGACUUUAAGAACCUGCGAUUACUCGUACGAGAAAUGAGACACAUUCUUCAAGAACAGGAUGAAUAUUUCUACAGAAUUAAUAACAAAUACAAGCUUUUGGAGAUUGAAAAAAAGUUGAAGAUGCACGAACCUCUCCUAAAGCCAGGAAGAUUUUUCUUAAAAGAAGGAAGACUUAUUUUAGGUCAGAAUAAGGGAAUUAACAACUUUAAGAAAGAUGUCAUGAAUAGAUUGUAUAACAAGGGAACUAUUUCUGAUAUCAGAGGUCAAGUCUUACAAAACUGGGAUGCUGUGAAGAGUAAAUCUUUUGAAGAAUUGUUGGAGCUUAGAUUUACAGAAUUAUAUGUACAGGUUUACUUAAUGAGUGAUAUCAUCAUCAUCAAAGAGACAAACUUUGUUCAAAAAUUGGUUUCACGUUUCAACAUUUACCCCUUAAAAGGAGCCUCUGUUGUGUUGGGAGAGGAAGCACUUGGUUCUCAAGAAAUGGAAACUCUUGUUUCUCCUGGCCGAGACUCAAGUCCUGUGGUUGAUAUGACUCAUGCAAACUUUGAGAGUACAGAAACAAGCAAGGAUGACGAAAAAGAAGAACGAGAAUUCACAUUGAUCAUUAAUACACUUUCUAAACGAAUUCCACUAAGUUUUAUAUGUGAGAGCAAGGAUGAAUGUAUGGAAUGGUUUAAGGAAAUUGAAAAAGCAAUUCAAACUCUGGAAAGCAAACAUGAUGAGUCUGGAUCUGAUGAAAAACUGCUACAAUCUUAUGAGUUUGUGGAAUCUGGUGAACGAGAUACUACUUCCGACUUUUCUAACAAAUCAUUUCAUUGA